UAUUUCACAGUUCUCUCUCUCUCUCACAAUUAGAAACCCACACAACCUCGGAUGUCCUUCACCACCGUCAGAUGAGCAUAACAAGUCCGGUUGAUAAGAAAGAAUGGACGGUCCGAUUGCCCUCACCAGUGCCGCCACCAUUGCCAGCACCAGCUCCUUCUUUACCAGUGGAACCCGGGUUCAUAUAUUCAGAAGAAGAAGCAGAGUCCUUUCUGUGAUCACCCAGAACAAGCGAAAUAGAUUCGUGGUCUUCGCUUCUAAAGAAGGAGACCCUCCCAAGCUCGACCAAUGGGACCAAAUGGAGCUCAAGUUCGGCCACUUGAUGGGCGAGGACCCCAAACUAACCCUGGCCAAGAUAAUGGGUAGAAAAGCAAACUCAGAUUCUUCGUAUCUUGAAAUUGAGAAGAAUUUUAAUAAGAAAAAGGGAAAGUUAGUGGAAAUAAAGGAGGUUCCAUUUGACGGCACGAAGGAAUCGAGUUCGUUGGAUGGUUUGAAUUUGGUUCGACCUGUGCCGAAGAAAGGGUUCACAUCGAAAGCUGAUGAUAAGCCGCCGGAGAUGAAGAAACCGAUUCAAAGGGUCAGGAAGGCAGUUGGUAGUAGUACUAAAGGGAGUAUUCCUAACGUUAUCUUGAGAAAACCAACCGUGUUUAAUGAGGAUGGUCUUGGAGAAAAGCAGUCAAGGUUGAGUAUUAAACCAAAUUUAUCGUUGAAAAUGGGAAAUGUGCAAGUGAAGGAUAAAUUUAGUGAUAUGACACUUUUAAGGAAGCCAGAGCCAGUGAGUGUCAAUAAAGUUAUUGAGAAGAAACUAGAGUCUGUUGGUAAUGUAGAUGCCAAAGUUGUUGAUGGUAUUGAGUUGAAAAUGAGGAGAGAAGAAGCAAAUGAUGAAGUUGAUGCUUUCAUGCUGUUAAAAAGGCCUGAUCCGAUGAGUGCCAAUACUAAAAUUGAGGAUAAAUGGGAGCAGCUUGGGGAUGCAGAAGCUGAAGUCCACAAUGAUAUCGAACAGAAUGUUUUUGAUGGUUUUUCAGAAUUUACUGGAACUCCGAAUGCAACGGAAAAUUUUGAGGAGAUUGAGGAUGGCUUAUUUUCUAAUGAAACCGAGCAAGACAAUGACUUAAAUCCACUGGAGCAGAGUGAUAUGGAGUUCAGUCAGGAGGUUACUGCUUUGAGUGAACUGUCAGAUACAAAUUCAGUUGAUUCUGGAGUCAACUUGACCAUGGAAGCUGCACUUCAAGGAAAACCAAAAAGAUUAGACCAAUCUGUGAAAGUAACACCAAAGUCUACCAGAGAAGAGACAGCACUCAUGAAUUCUGAAGGUUAUGGUACUGCCUUUGAGUUCAGCAAUCUCGAUGCUACAUCACCUUUAGAGGGAAAUGAAGAUGCGGAUUGGACCAAGGCAGAAGAUCUGGUUAAGCUAGGAAAUAGGGGAGAAGUGGAAUUAAUAAGCUCUAGCACCAGAGGUUUUGUUGUAUCUUUUCGCUCUUUGAUAGGGUUUCUGCCAUAUCGUAAUCUUGCUGCCAAGUGGAAGUUCUUGGCUUUUGAGUCAUGGUUGAGACAGAAGGGCUUAAACCCAUCAAUGUAUAGACAAAAUUUAGCAGUUAUUGGAAGCUAUGAUGCAGCAUACAAGAAUUCUCCUCUUAAAUCGAGCCUUGAUCCAGAAGUUGAUAAAAAAAUUGAGGGAGAAAUAUCGGCAGAUAUGAAAUUGGAAGAUCUUCUUAAAAUUUAUGAUCAAGAGAAAAUCAAAUUCUUGUCAUCGUUUGUGGGCCAGAAAAUCAAAGUAAAUGUGGUGUUGGCAGACAGAAGAUCUAGAAAGCUUAUAGUUUCUGUGAGGCCAAAAGAAAAGGAAGAGCUGGUUGAGAGAAAGAAAAGUCUCAUGGCUAAACUUCAAGUAGGGGAUGUUUUGAAAUGUUGCAUCAAGAAGAUUACUUAUUUUGGUAUUUUUGUUGAGGUUGAAGGAGUGCCUGCUCUAAUUCAUCAGACAGAAGUAUCUUGGGAUGCCACUUUGGACCCUGCAUCAUACUUUAAAAUUGGUCAGAUCGUGGAAGCAAAAGUUCACCAAUUGGAUUUUGCACUUGAACGCAUUUUUUUGUCAUUAAAGGAGAUUACGCCAGAUCCAUUGAUGGAGACCUUGGAAUCUGUGGUUGGUGAUCAUAAUCCCCUGGAUGGGAGAUUACAAGCAGCAAAAGCAGAAACUGAGUGGGCUGAUAUGGAAUCUCUUAUCAGAGAACUGCAACAGAUUAAAGGGAUCCGGUCUGUAUCAAAAGGCCGUUUUUUCUUGAGCCCAGGUUUAGCUCCAACAUUUCAGGUGUAUAUGGCAUCCAUGUUUGAGAACGAGUAUAAGUUACUUGCUCGAUCCGGAAACAAAGUACAAGAGGUCAUAGUUCAAACAUCAUUGGGUAAGGAAGAGAUGAAAUCCGCAAUCCUAAUAUGUACCAACAGAGUGGGAUAGUUGAUUGUUUUUCUCUGGUGUUUGUAAAUUUCCUUGGGGAUGGCAGAUAUGAUGCUGGGAGGCAUCAUUAGAAAUUUAGAGGAAAAAAGAUAUACGGAAAUCCUUUACAAGGUGGGGAUGGUCAGAAUUUUCUUGUUCAAUAUAGAGGCAAGUUUCUUAAA